GCGCGAUUCUGUUAAGAUUGCCUCAGUUAAGUACGAUCGUCCACAGCAGACAUAUCAACCCGGUCAGUGGCUACAGGCUCAAGAAGGGCAGUGCAUUGUCCCCCGCAAAAGCUUCUAAUUUCUGCAAUUAGUCUGCUGUUGCUCUCAAUCGUUUGUGGUGGCCUCAAAACUGUUAUGCUUGUGAUUAUUUCAAUGUACUCGCAGUUUGUGAUUUCAAAAUGAAGAUUAAUGUGACGAUUUUCGCGAUAAUCGCGCUGGUGUGUAUAGAAGCUGCGUUAGGAUGCCCACGUGCUCCUAGGGAUUUGCCUCAUGGCCGCAGGAAGCGCGGCGAUAACGGAUAUAAGCUGUCAAUAGGAGAUAAUCCGUCAGGAUAUGUCCCGGGGAAGAUUUACAAUUUAUUUCUUUACGGUGCACGUACCCAUAACAAAAUUCAACAGUUCACCCACUUCAAGCUAACCGCCGAGGCAGCCAAUGGAUCCAAACGUCCAACAGUAGCUUCUCCACGCAGAGUCGGUCGUUUCCAGCUAUUUGGUGACUCUUUGGCCAAGUUUAACGAGGAAUGUAUUAACACAGUCUCCGAAGUUGAUGAUCUACCAAAAACUGAAAUUCAAGUAAUGUGGGUUGCUCCAGAGACAGGAUCGGGAUGUGUUGCUCUAUCGGCCAUGAUUUACGAAAAUGCGCAGUCAUGGUACUCAGACGACGGUGAAUUGACAAAAGUUAUUUGCGAGAAAAAGUUGGAGAAAGAGGAAGCCAAGAAGGAAUGCUGCGCCUGUGAUGAGGCGAAAUAUAGCUUUGUUUUCGAAGGAAUCUGGUCAAAUGAAACCCACCCCAAGGAUUACCCCUUCGCUAUUUGGCUAACGCACUUCUCUGAUGUCGUCGGAGCAUCGCAUGAAUCGAACUUUUCAUUUUGGGGCGAAAAUCAUAUCGCUACUGAUGGCUUCCGCUCAUUAGCCGAAUGGGGUUCGCCUAGCGCUCUAGAAGCUGAACUACGAACCUAUGGUCCACGCCUGAGGACGCUUAUAAAAGCAGCUGGAUUAUGGUACCCCGACGUCAAUACAAAUACUUCAUCCCAUUUUCGUGUUGAUAGAAAGCACCACAAGGUUUCGUUGGUAUCAAUGUUUGGUCCUUCUCCGGAUUGGGUGGUUGGUGUAAGUGGACUGGAUUUGUGUUUGGAGGACUGUUCAUGGAAAGACUCUCUUGAUUUGGAUCUGUUCCCAUGGGAUUCUGGAACUGAUAGCGGUAUUUCUUAUAUGUCACCCAAUCUUGAGACAAUUCCACGUGAAAAAAUGUACCGUAUCACUACUAUGUACCCAGAAGAUCCACGAGCUCCAUUUUACAAUCCUAACUCAGACAAGAUGACACCAUUGGCAAAACUUUACAUUCGGCGAGAAAAAGUUAUUCCCCGCUCUUGUGAUGAAGAAUUUUUGGAAGCUUUACAGCUUGACGUUGCCGAGAACACUGAAGAUCAGGAUGUGAGACCGGAAUGCGCUGUAACCGAAUAUACAGCCUGGACACCAUGUUCUGUCUCUUGUGGUAAGGGAUUACGGAAGCGUACACGUCAAUAUGUAAAUCCGGAAAAGGCAAAGAUGGCUUCUUGCAACCGACAACUGAUUUCCAAGGAGAUGUGUGUUGCCCCUGUGCCAGAAUGCGAGUAUGUUUUUUCGAAGAGCUUUUAUGCCGAAAUUUCAACAUUUGCAUUUUACAGAAAUCAGGAAUCUGACGACGAUGAGGGCGAGAACUUAGCCAAGAGUCAGUUAUUAGUUGGCGAUAAUGGUGAAGGGAUUGGAGUUUGUAGAACAAAUCCAUGGUCGGAUUGGUCAGAGUGUUCAAACACAUGUGGGAUAGGCAUCACAAUGCGUACUCGAACUUUUGUCAAUCAUUUGGGUCGAAAGAAAUGUCCACAUGUUACGAUUGUGGAGAAACAAAAGUGUAUGAAGCCAGAUUGCACCUUCGAGAAGGAAGAACUUCCUGAUCCUAUGUGUCCAGUAACAAUCUGGAGUGACUGGAGUCCAUGCAGUGCAACUUGUGGUAAGGGGGUAACAAUUCGAAGACGUCUCUUGAAAGUUGACCCGGAAAUGGAAAAGACCUGUUCUGAGCGUCUUGACCUGUUCCAACAACGAGAAUGUACUGUUAAGGAAUCUUGCAGGCUAGAUAAUCAAUCAAAGCAAGAAAUCUGCUCUGAAUUACCUGAGAUCGGCCCUUGCCGCGGAUCAUUUAAAAGGUUUGCAUACAAUCAACAAACGAAUACUUGUGAAGAAUUCAUGUAUGGAGGAUGCCGAGGAAGUCGAAAUAAUUUCCUAACAAAUGAUGACUGUAUGCAAACAUGCUCCCGAAAAGAUAACGAUGAUAGUCAAUCGACCAGACCACCAGCUCUAGUUGGCCGCGCCCCUCAACAGCCUGACCGUCGAAGGGGCGAACCUGUUGAUUGCCAGGUGUCCAUGUGGUCGGAGUGGUCUUUGUGCAGCGCAAGUUGCGGUCCAGGAAUUAGAACAAGAACAAGACAAAUCUUUCGACGGCCACGCAACGGCGGGUUACCUUGCCCAAGGACACAUCAACGUCAAAAAUGUGAGGGCGAUUGCAGUAACGCUUGAAAGUUACGCACCCUUGAUAAAUGUUAAGGAUUACACUCCAUAAUUCAAAAUUAUAUACUUUUAAAACUGAUCCGUUGCCAAAGUUAAAAUGCAUAUUGAAUAAAAUUCAAGAAUAAAAAAUUUCAAUUUUAA